AUGAAAACUAACCGCCUUAUUACUAGUAUUAUCCUCUCCCUCUUUUUGGUUGGUGCAGUGCCUGUCUCAGCCACCGGGCGGCGGAUGACUCUAAUUCUUCCAUUGAACUUGGAUGUGGACGACCCGGCGGUGAUUGAGAUGGCCAAAUUUGCAAUCGCGGAGCAUAACAAGAGAUCUAAUGGGAAGAAUUUGAAGCUCGCUUACAUCCUCAGUUGCACGGGAUUCGCAUACGCAAUCUACUCUCUGGAGUUGUUGGCCAACGAUGGAGCCAUCACUAACAAGUACUUGGCUCGAUUGCUUCAGACCACGCCUAUGUACGAGCUACAAAGCUUUGAACUUGCACCAUUUCUUUCUUGA